GUUGCAUCUGUCGGCUUGACAGUUCUAGUUUCUCAAUUUUAUGUUUCCUGGAAAAUUUUGUGGUCAUAGUUAAGUGAAUAACCUCGAAAACAUCGAGAAUGGCUGCAGAACAAGUAGUCGAUGGUACCUUGAGUAAAUCAACGACAAUUGGAGAAGCAGAUACAGGCGGUAUUGAAUAUGGUCUUCCUCUUCAGGAAGUUUACAAACUGGCCUUCAAUUUUUACAAGGGUAUGCUUUUAUGUAAAAAUGCACACAAGUUAAUUCAAACAAUUCUUUCCAGAAAAAGAAGGCAAAGCUUUCCACUUUAGCUACGAGGAUAAAUUACAAUUAGUAGCAUUUUCACAGCAAGUUCUGCACGGUCCAUAUGCAGAAGCAAUUCACAAACUUCCAGCUUUAGGCACUCUAGAUGUUGUUGG